CAUUUCGCGCUCAAUAAACAUGGCGGACUCGUAGUAGUGAAGGCUGCAAGUCGGCUUGCAAUUUUCUUACAAGUUAUUAGCGUAGGACUUUUCCAGCAUUUUAAAUGUGAAUGUUUGUGAUCGAAGUUUAAUUGUGCAUUGUUUAGAAACCCGUUGAUUGUUCUGUUUCUGCAUUGGUGGGUCGCAAUAUUUUAUUGAAUCUCCCGCGUGUGUGUGGAUCGAUCAAUGACUGAACGAAGUGAAACAUAAGCUUUGGAUUAUGUGUUAUUUAUCAUGUCUAUGAGUAGCGAUGAGGUCAACUUUCUAGUGUACAGAUACCUUCAGGAAUCAGGAUUUCAACAUUCUGCAUUCACCUUUGGCGUAGAAAGUCACAUAGACCAAUCAAACAUCAAUGGGUCCAUUGUCCCGCCGGGAGCUUUGGUGUCAAUUAUUCAGAAAGGUGUACAGUAUGUUGAGGCUGAGGUAACAUUGAAUGAGGAUGGAACAAUACUUGAUGAAAGCAGUGAACUAGACCAUGUGUCCCUCAUUGAUGCUGUCCUGCCGGACAUUGUAGCUACAAGACACACACUGUUACAUAACAGGUCAAUUAAGCCGGAUAUCAGCAUUAAGCUUGAAGAUGGUCAUUACUCUCAUGUUAAUUCCAUGGGACAUGGUGAAAUCAUGGAUAUUGAUGGCACAGUAAAUGAUGUUGGAAACAACAAAGCAUUGCUCCUAAAGGGCCAUGAAUCUGAGGUGUUUGUUUGCUCUUGGAAUCCUUCUCAAGAUGUAUUAGCAUCUGGAUCUGGAGAUGGUACAGUAAGAUUGUGGCCAAUAAAUGAAACAGGAGUUGGAACACCCCUUAUUUUACGUCAUCAAUUUAAAGAUUUAGAAAAUCAUAAAAAUGCAACCAAAGAUGUGACCUCACUAGAAUGGAAUAAUGAUGGUACACUUUUAGCCACUGGAUCAUACGAUGGCCAAGCUAGGAUUUGGAGUCCAGAAGGGGAGCUGUUAAAAACACUAAGCGAUUACAAAGGACCAAUAUUCUCCAUCAAAUGGAACAAGAAGGGAAAUUAUUUACUUAGUGCUGGUGUUGAUAAGAGUAAUAUUGUUUGGGAUUCAAAUAAUUGGGAAGUGAAACAGCAAUUUUCUUUCCACCAAGCUCCCACGCUAGAUGUCGACUGGCAGAACAAUACUAGUUUUGCAUCAUGUUCAACAGAUAAAAUUAUACACGUCUGUAGGAUAGGAGUUGAAAAGCCUGUCAAAUCUUUCCAAGGGCAUACUAGUGAAGUAAAUGCAAUAAAAUGGGAUCCUUCAGGGUCGUUAUUAGCCUCUUGUUCUGAUGACUUGUCAGCAAAGAUUUGGAGUACAAAACAAGAUUCCUGGAUGUUUGAUCUUCAAGGUCACAAAAAAGAGAUUUAUACAGUAGCGUGGAGUCCUACAGGACCCACGACAGCAUGUCCUAAUGCACCUCUGCUUUUAGCGAGUGCUUCAUAUGAUACCACAGUCAAACUAUGGGAACUUGAGCGCGGCAGCUGUGUUUUGUCGCUCUCUAAGCAUCAGGAGCCCGUGUAUUCACUCUCAUUCAGCCCUGAUGGUAGAUAUCUCGCGUCAGGUUCCUUUGACAGGGCAAUAAAUGUCUGGUCAACUCAGACUGGAACUUUAGUUCAUAGUUUCCAUGGCAAUGGGGGAAUAUUUGAAGUUCAGUGGAGUCCAAGAGGUGAUAAAGUAGCCGCAUGCUUUUCAGACAACACGCUGUGCGUUUUAGAUGUCCGAAACCUUUGAUAUUUUUAAUCACUGUUGUUAGACCUUCAACACAUAUUCCCAAAGAACCUCAACAGAGUAACGACACAAGUCAUCACAAAGAAGUCCGGAACGAGGGAAUCUGCCAGUUAUCAGCUGGUUGACAUUUUGCGAUAUCAAAGAAAUCCAGAAACUAAAACCAGUAACUCAUGGGGCGAACACCUCGUCUAAUUUUUUAACUCGAUUUUCUCUACAAAAAAACUGGAUUUUCUUUUCUUUGUCAAAAUAUCAUUGCAGUUUCACUAUGUACACUGUGCAUCAAGAAAAAGAGUUCUACAUCUAUCGUCUUAAGUUUAUCUAAGCUAAGUUUCUCUAUUCCUGUCAGCUUCUUGUUUCAUCGCAAAAGCAAAAACGUAAAGCAUUCGUCGUCAUUCCGACGAUUAAGUUCCGAAGAGUGCGAUUCGUUUUGACCAAUUCGCCAUUGCCACAUCCCUCAUAAUACACCUUGUUUGCCGUCCAAAAUUCUGCAUAACCUUUGUUUCCCAUUUCUCCUGGAUAUCACAGUCGUCCC